AUGUCGACCGAAUCGAAGAAAAACCUGAAUGUUCGCCGUUUGCCUCCAGAAUGCGACAAUGAACUGAAAAACCUCAAAGAACAUGUGAAUAAAGUCGUAUCGUGGCGCUCGAUAUCUAAUACUAUGAAGGAAAGCAUAGAGUCUCUAGACUCUUCAAAAGUUGAAACCAUAUUACGUGAAGUCGAGGCAGAUGACUCAUUUAAAAUUCUGAGAAUAACUGACCGCACCCGGUUUAUCACGCCGAAUCCUGUUAACCUCGUCCCUAUAUCAAACGAUGUAAUGAUAUCCGAUCACCCUGAUCAACAUUCAAUAAUAACCGUUCCGGCUGGAAGUAUUGUAGAGGUUACAGGGACAGUCUGCUAUUUCCACUCUUGUGUUGAUCUACUCAUCAUCUAA